UCUCCAAACAUGUCUCUACACGACGCUCCAUUGCACUGUGCCAUUGCGCAACCAUACUCAUAGGUGCUGCUCCAACUAUCCACGAACUUUUCACACCGACAUCAUGGACUCCAAAAGAGAUAGCAAUUUUUUUGAGCGCCGCCGGACUGGUCUUGAUCGAAAGGCCAAAGACUUGGUGCUACAGAACCAAAAUGUCAAAAUCCUCACCAUCUACGGCUACGGUGACGAUAUCUAUCUAUUUCGCUCUCAUCCUCAUCUUGAGUGGCCAUGGUCUCACUCCGACAUGGAACGGCUGCUGGGUGAUGCCGUCGAGGAAAGAAACAUGGACAAUUACUCCUUGGAACAGAAACAGAUCGAUCGAAUGGCCAUUUGGAGACAACGUCAAGGCCUUGUUUCAUGGACUAAUCAAUUCAACAUCAAUAACUCGGAAGUUGCAGGAAACGAAAACGAUAUAUUGUCUCGUGUCCCACCCAACCACCCCGCUCAGCAUCCAACCGCCCAUUCUUCUAGCAAUGCUCAACACAGAGCGGUCAACAAUCGCAUUGAUAAUCAGUUGGAACUGGCUCACAGGCAGGCGGAAGCCGUCACUGGAGCUCUGCAAGACAACACCAGCCGACCACCAGCUGAAAAUGUCCAAUCACCCUCCAAAAUGCUUACUACUCCCCCCAACGAUAUCUCUGGCUAUGUUCAGGACGCUGCGUUUGAUCAACUUCCUUCAUUCACAGGUCAGGUCGACGAGUCAUUCGAUCCUUGGCCUCUUUCACCACCUGUGUUGCAGGUACAGCCAUCCGUCCGACCGUCCCCAAAAUCAAUCGUCAAAGCAGAGCCUGUCUCCGAUGAUGAGCCGGAUGAAAACGAUGUGACAGACGAAGAAUACUUCAACCCAGGGGACAUGACUGCAGCCGUGCCAUCCAUCUCGGAGGUUCAACGCAACUCACCCAAACGACGUCGUACAGACUCCAAUACGUAUCAUAGCCCAAGGCCUAUGAUUAGCGCAUCCUCUCCUCAUUCCCAAGGAUUCACCCCAAUCAAUGGUUCUGUAGUCACACGCGGCAUCAGACAGACGCAGUCACACCCCACUCUCAGGGCACAGCCUACCAACAAUUAUCCAGCCGGACGUUUGAGCAAGCAUCAAGAUGGAUACGCUACACCAAAUGCGUAUAAUCUACGCAGAGGCCGCUACCAUCGCGGGUGA